AUGUACAUUUCGACAGUGAUAAAUUCUAUUAACCGAAUCCUACAAUGGACAGGAUUUUUACUAACCAGAUUUACAGGAAUUGUCUGGGAUUCCUUCAAAACGAACAUUCCCCAGCCAUGGGGAAUAUUCCCUUUGGGAAAUAUCACCGAGUUCGUGCGCGUGUUUGGACCAAACGCGCAUGCCUGGCUCUUGAAAAGACACCGCCAGUAUGGACCGGUCUAUCAGUUCAAGAGUCUCGCUAAACGGAUGGUGUUUGUGUUCAAACUGCGAUACUUGUUGAACAUUCGCAAAGCAGAAGGCCGAUAUCCGGAACACUUUGAGUUCAAACAUCUCAGGUUAUACCGCCAACAGAGGGCGCUGCCUUUUGGACUUCUCGUCAGUAAUGGUAAAGAGUGGGGUCGGCAGAGAAAGUGCAUCGGAAGAGUGAUGCUAGGACAGAGUUCCGUAAACAAGUACUACACGGAAAUAGAGGAGACUGCGAUGGAAGCCAUUCACAGUCUCGGUCAGAGGGCGGACAAAGAGUUUGAGAUAGAUGACGUAAUCAGCUCCUAUGUUCUACAAGCCAUGUCGCGGGUGUUGCUGGGGAUCGAGGGAAACUUACCGCAAGAGUUGAUGGAGAUAAUCGAGAUAGCUGGAAACAAUUUUUCUGAUGCCAAGACAUUACUCUCUCUUCCUACAUUUCUCUUCCCUCUACUACCGGCCUGGAAGAGACACAGCGCACGAUGGGAUAGGUUACUGCAAAUCACUGAAGAUUACAUCGCGAGGUUCAGACAGGACACACCAAGAGGCGGCAGGAAGCCAAGUGUAUUGUGGGAGCUGAUCUGUAACUCUGAGUUGACUGUUCAGGAAACACACAUAAACAUCACUGACCUACUUCUGGCGAGCAUAGAUACGACCACAAGCACCAUGUUAUGGGUACUGCACGAAAUAUCCCGGCAUCCCUCAGUAGAGCGGAAGUUGAGGGAGGAAAUCGACCAUGUGACCGGAAAUCGGCAUGCCAUCACCCUUAAUGACCUUCAGAAUCUAGUGUUCCUGCGAUCAGUUCUCAAAGAAUCACAGCGACUGCACCCUGUAGCAUUCUUUGCAAGUCGAUAUAUCCAAGAAGACAUGAGUGUUGACAACAUCCACAUUGGGAGAGGUUCGCACGUCGCAGCGUCAAUGUAUGUGAUUGGACGAAAUGAGAACAUGUUUGACGAAUCGAAUUCGUUCAAACCGGAAAGAUGGCUGACCAACUCACCAGAACUGGACGAUUUCUACAACCAUGUUCCGUUCGGAUUUGGAAAACGGAUGUGUAUUGGAAAACGUAUUGCUGAAACAGUCAUCCUGACUUUUCUAUAUAACCUGCUACGCUGCUACAGCAUCGAUUCGAACAAGCACCAGAAACCAAUCGACCCGAUCUUCAGAGUGAUAAUGGUCCCCGGGAAACCUGUUACCAUGACGAUAACUCCUAGACUCUAACACAAGAACAAACUACAUUUGUCUGACGAAACGAAAAACGAAAAAAAAAGAAAAGAUACAAACAAAGCCUUAAAAAAAUAAAAAUAAAAAGUGUUAUUUGGGUUAAAUUAAAUCUUACA